GUGGACCUGAUGUGAACUAGAAUGAAGUUGGCUGGACAUAAAGUUUACUGGACCUCAAGUAGUCUGUGUCACCCGACGGGAGUCAGAAACGUCAUUUUUGUGCGGACCGGCGACUCGACGGACCCCGGCCGAGGACGCCGCUCGAACCGCGGUUGCGGAGGAGCGCGCCGAUACGAGUCGGAGACGGCUCGUACAGUCGGCGCACGAGAGCGGUCCGGACGAAGACAUUCGGGAACCGAGGACGAAGACGCUCGUCGACUGCGGACGAAGACACCGGUCGACGCGCGAGGAAGAUGCUCCGGAACACGGGAAGAACGCCACACUCCCGAGUGCGGGAAGACACUCGUCAACGCAGAAGGAGACACGCAUCAAUGUCGGGCCGGCGUGAUUGUUUUAAAGACGAUUUAACGUGUAAAAUGAAUGUACGUGUUGUUUGUAACGAUUGUUAUAAUGUUUGUAGUAUUGUUUUUAGAGACCGACUCUGCGAAGACGGAGGAAGUCGAUACAUGUCGAGAAUGAAUUUAUUGAAGAUGUUGCCUGUGAUCACUAGGUGUUUGCACUAAUUUGGGGAGAUGAUUACGAUCGUAGAACGUCACGGAAUGCGGCGCGCACGUCAUUUGUGGCGGGACGCAUCCGUAAAUAACGGCAGC